AUGCCAACACCGAAUGAGACUAUUACUAUGACCCCUACAGUCCCCGUCGGUGACCCUUCCCGUCCUUCCCGCCUCCAGCUCGCCUGCCCUGAGCCAGAGGAACCUAUCGUCUUUCGAAACUCAGCAUCCCUGUCCACCCGGCGACAGCAAGAUUCAACCCCGACAAACAUGCCCCAGCAGCAGCUGUUGUCAAACAGUAGCUCCUCUUCAUCCUCCUCUUCCUCCGAUGACGAAAUAUUAACGACGACGACGACAGUCACGAAGGAGAUGGACAGAGAUGUUCCCUCCGCAGAACCAUCACCUACCCUCGAGCCUAAGUUCGAUCAUUCACAACAGCCCGCAUCUUACGGGUUGCCGCUUUCUUCGGAAUCGCCAUUCGUCCCGUCACUCUCAUAUGAGUUCUCCGCGAAACGGUUACUGCCGUCUUCUUCUUGUUCCUUUCUUCGUCCUGGAAGCAAAUUCUCUGGAAAGCAGACUUCCGACAGGUCUACCUAUGAUGUUCACGUAGAGCUUAAACACGUUGACAUGAGCGAAUCUUUCCUUUGCGGCUAUCUCCGUAUCCAAGGCCUCACUGAAGACCAUCCCACCCUGACAACUUACUUUGAGGGGGAGAUGAUUGGUGAUAAAUACACCUUCCAAACGCGCCGUCCCGAAUGGGGCUCUAGCGAGAAGAACGACUUUCAACACUGGGCGCGGUUCCCCGCAUAUCGGCCACUAGCGACCAAAGCGAAGCGCUCAGAUUUCACUCACAAGAACUUCGCGCAGCGGGAGCAUAUUUUCAUGCGCUGGAAGGAGUACUUUUUGGUUCCGGACCACAGGGUGAAGCAGAUCUUGGGGGCAAGCUUUGAAGGAUUUUAUUAUAUCUGCUUCAAUCAGGCCUCCGGUACUGUGAAUGGGAUCUAUUUCCAUGCGAAAUCCGAAAAGUUCCAGAGACUGGAGCUGAAACAUGUGCCUGAGAGGUAUUUCGGGGCGGUUGAGUUUCGGUGA